AGUGGGGCCACAAGGGGGGUCAAAGUUUUACAUACAAAUAUUUGGUUAAAAUCUUUAAAAUUCUUCUUCUCAAGAACCAUUGAGUCAGAAAAGCUGAUAUACCUGACAGCUUCCUGACAUAGUGCAGAUUUAAGUUUGUUAAAAUCAUGGCCCCCGGGGUUAGGAUGGGACCACAAGGGGGAUCAAAGUUUUACAUGCAAAUAUAUAGGGAAAAUCUUCUGAAAAAUCACUGGGCCAGAAUAGUUUACAUUCACAUGAAAGCUUCCCGACAUAGUCCACAUUCCAAUUUUGAAAAAAAAACAUGACCCCCAGGAGUACGUUGGGGCCACAAUAGGGAUAAAAAAUUUGCAUGCGAAUAUAUAGGGAAAAUCUUUAAGUAUGAGCCAAGGUGACUCAGGUGAGCAAUGUGGCCCAUGGGUCUCUUGUAUUUAUAUGUUAACUGCAAAUAUAGUUGCAUUUAUGUGUCUGCCCGUACAGGUUAAUCGUAGUCACUGAUGUGAUGUAUAACAAAACCAUCCCUAUAAUUACAUGCAUACUCAAUACUUAAACAAGAGAAUACUUGAUCACUCAACUAAUAUGGUGGAAACUGAGAAUACUUAUGAAUUCAUAUAUCAGCUAUAAGUUAAUUUAGAGAUAAGUAGUAGUAGUAGUGGCCUUGAUUCAGGUGAUAUUCUGGUUUUAAACAGAUUUGGCACUAAAUGAAAUGUAAAUUACAGCUUACAAUCAGGUCAUUAAAACUUUUAUAAUGGUAAGUAGGUCUAUUUUGAUAAAAAGGAAACGGACAUCCUGUGUCUCGGCAGGCAUUGGCACGUUAAAGAACCCACACUGCUUCGGCCCUUAGCGCUACACGUUAAAGAACCCACACUGCUACGGCCCUGAGCGCUACACGUUAAAGAACCCACACUGCUGCGGCCCUGAGCGCUACACGUUAAAGAACCCACACUGCUGCGGCCCUGAGCGCUACACGUUAAAGAACCCACACUGCUACGGCCCUGAGCGCUACACGUUAAAGAACCCACACUGCUACGGCCCUGAGCGCUACACGUUAAAGAACCCACACUGCUACGGCCCUGAGCGCUACACCUCGGUCUAAAAUUUCCAGUACUUCUCGUACAACUGGUGACGUCUCACUAUAGGGGAAGAAUUCUCCGUGGGACGUGAAACAAACAUUGGUUUGGGGAUGACGUGAACGACAGAGUUAUUUAUCUACAACGGAACAUCCAGAUUUUGCUUCCGUUUUCAGUAUUCCUUCAAUUGGAGUAUCACUCUAUCAAAACGUAAAUGGAUAUAGUAUCUAAGAACGUAUGAACAUUUCACUAAACCCAAGGACAUGAAGAGAAUGUUGGAGAGGAUAAUUUUCCUUUUUUUUUCACUUCCAGGUAUUUGGACUCCUCUUAUAAAGACUGAUGAAUUUGAACAAGGCUGGUGUCAUGAACAGCAAAGGGAAUUAGAAAUUGAGACCAAAUGUGAAAUAAAUGUACUUUAUAUCAGCGUCACGUCCGACCCUACACAAUCAGACGACAACUAUCUCGUCCAAUGUUUUCAAACUAAAUGUAUUAACGGUAUCUAUAACGAAAUGACCCAAAUUCUGACAUUUAAUAUGACUUUUAUUCAUACAAUGCACGCUGGGAAGUAUCUGUUGGUAGAAAUAAACUGCUCCGAUGGAACAGAGAAGAAUGAAUCCUAUCUACUCAAACCAUGUGUUUCAGGAUUUAGAGCGCACGCCGUCCACAAUGAUACUCACAUCAAGGUGUCCUGUGAACACGACUCCUUUAACUACUCCAGCACGGGAAUGAUUAUAAAGGGGGAGGAGAACAGUUAUGCUACAUGCCUGAGGAGCACAACAACACUCACCAUCUGGUGCACACCGGGCGCUACAGCUCUGGCAAACGGUGUGGAAUACACAUUGCAGUACACACCAGGUAUGGUUCUUAUGUGCGAAUUAGACGGACAAGUGAUUAACGUUACAGUGGAACAACAUACGUCAAAAUCACCGUCAACAAGAAAUACUGGGAAAACAGGUGCGUCAACGUCAUCGUCGACAGGAAGGACUGGGGAAACAGGUGCGUCAACGUCACCGACAACAGGAAGUACGGGGAAAACAGCGGGUAAGAUGAGCUGUAGCAAUACAAAUCAAAUUUGCUUUCUUAUCCACAUCGUCAGCAUUAUCCUUUACCACAUCGUCAAGAUUUGAUACGAUGAUGAUGCUAACAUCAUCACCAUAAGGAUCAAAUAUAGCCAUGCAUGACAGAUGGGCUCAAUAACACCGCCGUGACGCCAUGGCGAGGAUACUCACUUCAUUUGAAAAGACCACUGAGGGAAAUGACAGAGCGAAGAAGUAUAUCUUAAUUCCGGUGCACCGACCCCUGACUGUGUUCUUCGCUGAAUUCAUAUCAUAGUAUCAACAUUGUAAUACGUAAACAGUUUAAUUUUGAAUUUAUGUCAAAGUAUUGUACAAUACUUAUUUAUUGAUUGAGGGUUUACGCCGUUUUGGCAAUAUUUCAGCCAUUUUACGACGGUUAACUAAUUGAAUGAUGUUUGGUUGUGAGUGUUUGAGUUUACCUGACGGCACAGGGAAGCGGUGUUUUGCGUGCCAAGGGGGGUUGUGAUCCUUGACACCGGACACCCUUUAACGUUCCAUCCGAUGGACAUACAAGUUAAAAAUAUAUAAACAGAUUAAAAAAUGAAAAAACAAUUCGUGUACACAAACAGUUGUAUUGUAAAAGUUUUCAAAUGUUUCUGUAAAAGUCGCAUUCUUGUAAGUAUUGUAUAAUAUAAUGAUUGUCGAUAUUUGUAAAAAGUUCUUUCAUUGAUUGUACACUAUUAAAAAGUCUAUUUCG